UCAAUCGCCUUUCGCGUUCUUCACAUUAAGCGUGAACAGGAUCAUAUUUGGCUUUAGGCGGAAAAGAAAGGUCCAACGAGGGCCACUGCCCCUCGACUUUUCGUUCAAGUCCAUUGAGAGCUUGUCUUUUAAUCCACGUAGAGGGGUAAGUGCUGCCUUCCUUUCCCUUUACUGCUUGUUCUCUUUAUGGAAAAGAAUACCAAAGCUGGAUGGAACAAGGCUUGCAGCGUUGAUGAAACACACAGAACAGCUGGAUAAGAGGGAAGUGGUGGAGCAAGAGAAGAGGAAGAUGGAAACAAGCCAGGCAGAGUCGAAGGCCAAACAACGAAGGCCAAUUCAGAGCACUCCCAACGACAGCUGACACCAUGGAACGGAACAAGAUGAGAAGUGAGAAGUGGGCAGAGCCAUAAUAAUAAUAAUAUUAUCAUUCUGGCUCCUUGAUUAAAUGAACUCCAAUAGGCUUGAGUCCGUUUCAAUAUUGACUUGAGGAAGCCCUUGAUCCGUCCUCUCUAGAGCCACCAUGAAGAAACGCAAUGUUCGCACUCUAUCCUUGAUCAUAGUGACCUUCACUUAUUUGUUGAUCGGCGCUGCAGUCUUUGAUGCCUUGGAAGGGCCCAACAAUGAUCGGGCCUUUGAGGCCCUGACUGAAGUGAAACAAAACAUGAUGGAUAAAUACAACCUGACGGAAGCGGAUUAUCGCGUGUUGGAAGUGCUCAUGAUUGAGAAGAAGCCCCAUAAGUCGGGUCCGCAAUGGAAGUUCUCCGGAUCGUUCUACUACGCCCUGGUGGUCUUGACCCUCAUCGGAUAUGGCCAUUCCACACCAGCUACCACGUUGGGAAAGGCCUUCACCAUGGGCUAUGCAAUGGCUGGAAUCCCUAUGGCCAUGGUCAUGUUUCAAAGCAUGGGUGAGCGGAUGAACAAGUUCUACUCGGUGAUUAUCAACAAGGUACGCCAAUGGCAAGGCAGUCAUCGCACGGAAGCCACCGAGUUCGAUUUGAUCGUGGCCUCUGGAAUUACGUCCUCGAUUGUUACCAUAAUGGGUGCCCUCAUGUACCAUACGCAAGAAGGGUGGUCCUUAUUCGACUCGAUGUACUACACGUUCAUUACGUUGUCGACUAUUGGAUUUGGAGACUUUGUGGCACUUCAGAGACACCAUUCGCUCCAAUUCCAUCCCUAUUACGUGUGCUGCUCGUUCAUCUUCCUGCUUUUGGGCUUGGCCUGUUUCGCCUCCUCCGUGAACUUGCUGGUCCUCCGAUUCAUGAUCCUUUCUCUAGAAGAAGACGAACAAGAGGACCUGGUGGACCAAGCCAACAUCCUCACCCUUGACGGGGAGCUAAUGGUGGCCACCGGAGCCCUAGAUCCCAACGGAGGAGGUCGCCGCCUAUUCCUGCCCAACCAGGAAAUGGCCGCCACGUCCGAGCGGAACCUCUUUGCCGCGGCCAACAAAGCCGAUACCACGUCCGUUUGCUCGUGCACGUGUUACGGCCGAGUCGGCCAAAGUGGCCAGCCUGUCAACGCGACAUUGGGCAAUGUCAAUUUGGCCUCGGAAACCAACCGGACGAAUGGGUUCCGUGGACCCACGUGGCGACGCUCCACCGCCCGGGCCUUGGGGUUUGUGGGCCGAAUCUUUGGAUGUAAGGAAAAUCUCCAGGAGUUUGACGACGAGAACUUCUAUGACGAGGAGACUCAAUCUAUCAGCAACUACGCACGAUACGCUAUCAAAAGGGCUUCUUUCUAAGAGGAAGAGAGCCACUCAAACGACGGAUUUCUAUCUCUGCUUAGCGUGUUAGGCUGUCCUUUUUUGUCAAUCACCAUGGGUUCUGUGUAUUCAUUAGAUUUGUUUUCAAUUAUCAUACAAACAAGACAUGAAUAUUAAAGCCACUAUUACAACAUGAA